AUGCAAUCCGCGCAUCGCACCCGAUCGACCAACGCCGGCGUCUUGCUGCCCGAGAUCACCGGGGCGAUCGCCGACCUGUUGUCGAGUUCCGAAGACGUCACCUCGCUCUUGGCAGCGCUGCCGGAGGAGGCCAAGACCCCGGCAUUCGCGUCCGUCUCGCGUCUCUCGACCUCACCAAGCAUUACGGCGGCGUGGCCCACGAUCACCGUGCUUAGCCCGAAGCUUGACAUCGCGACGAUUGAAGACCUCGCCGAUGCCACCGCGCUGGGUCCUCGCAUUGUGAUUGGCCAUUCGAUUGCUACACGCGACGACGUGGCGGUCGUGGCCGACGUGGCGGCAAACAUUACCUCGCUCACGUUCAUCUUGAAUGGCGCCGACAAGGCGGCAUUGCGUGUCUUCCGCUCGACGAUUGCCUCGUGCACGCAUCUCGAGAGCCUCGAGCUCACGGAUGUCUCCCGCGGCCGCGGCUUCGUCGCUCUCAACGGCGUCGUCUUCGACCGGCUCACCCAUUGGCUCCAAACAGCGCCCGUGGUCUCCUUGAAGCUGGGCAACCUGGCGUUCGCCGUGGAGCCAGGCACCCCGCUCUGCCUUGCGCUCUGCGCCGCGAUCUCUGCCAGUGCGACUCUCACCACGCUGGCGCUCAACAGGGUGAGUCUUUUUCAGGACGAGUUCUUGCACGGGUGGCGUCUGCCUGCGAACUUGACGUCGCUCGAGUGGGACGGCGAGGAAAUUCCGGACGACUUGGAGGAAGUCACCGACGACGGCAGGGGCAACUUUCUCAAUGCGCUCGCCGACGGUCCGCAGCUGAAGCACUUGAGCUGCAAGAAGUUCGAGACGCUCUUAGAGCACGAAGAGCUUCUCGAGGAGCUCGAAGAGCUCACGUCGCUCUCGCUCCACUCGGUGUUUGUGGACGAAGACGCGGACACCGUGCCGCUGUUUCUCGAGUUCCUACAGAACAUGUUGCAGCUCUCGUCGCUGCGCCUCAAGACAAUUGGUUUUUACGGCAAAACGGCGCGCAAACUCAUCAAGGCGCUGCGACUUCUCCAGUCCCUCAAGGUGCUCCAGCUCUCGGCGAUUGGCCUCACGGACGAAACCAUGUCGGCGAAAGACUUCGCGUUUUUACUGCAGAGCAUCCCGCACUUCAUGUGCCUUGCGCAUCUUGAUGUCUCCGAGCACGGACUCGACAUGAAGAGCAUCCUUGGUCUGCUGCCGACACUCAACGCAGCGGCCCACGAUCUGCAGACGAUCCAGAUGCAAGGCUACUGGCACCAAGGUGACGUCGAAGCAUUCAUCGACAAGGCGCGUCAGCUGCCCGACCGCCACUUUACGAUCGUGCUACGCCCGGCGCGACCGGUGGACGCGGCGACCAUGGCCCGUUACGCGCAGUUGAUUGACGAGAACGCACUUGGCCCGCGCGGCGACAAACGCCAGUGCGUUGUAUACAUGUAA